GGGGAGCCCCUGGGGGAGUCAGGGCGCACAGGGGGGGCUGGGGAGCCUCAGGCAGUGGUGACAGCUCAGCAACCAGGGCCCCCUCUGCCCCGCCUCAUGCCGGCGGGGGCCGCGCCAGGUGCCCCGAGAUGAAGCGAGCCGGGGCGCUGCGGCAGGUCUCCGACUUCAGCGACUUUGUCAGCGGCCGGCGCCUGCGGGAGCUGCUGAGCCAGCGUGGGCCGGGCGAGGCGCCCCACCACGUCCAAACCAGCCCAGAUGGGCAGCACCUCCUGCUGCUCCUGCGUGGUCGGCCGGCACUCCAGCCGCAGGUGCUCGCCUUCCAGCGCCUGUGCACCGGCGCGGGGGACCUGGAGAGGAGCUGGCAGCCGCCCCAGCCCCCCAUCACGGGGCUGCUCUUCCUGCAGAGCCCCGCAGCGUGGACCCCCUGGGUGCUGGCCAUCGUCUGGGAGCAAGGCAGGACUGAGGUGUGGGGGUUCGUGCCAGCGCUGGGCUGGCAGCUGCAGCAGACCCUGGAGUUGUGCCAUGGGGCCCGGGCUCGGAUCGUUUCCAUCUGCAGCCAGGGAGGCAGCCUGGUCUGGUGUGAGGAGAGGCCCCCCUCGGACACUCAUUUGGACCCAGGCAGGGGGGCCUUCAGGUACUGCAUCUGCACCAGGGCUCUAGAGGUGGGGGAGCAGGGGGCACACCUGGGCGCCAUGAGGAUAGUGGUGCACAACAGCCCCCAGUAUCAAGUCCUGGCCUCACCCCAGCAUGUCUUCCUGGUGCCCACUGGUGCCACCUUUGCCAGCGUCUCCACGUUCCUGCUCACCUGGUGCCCUCGGGAGGCUAAAGUCACCAUUGUGGCCCCGUCUGGCGGGUUCGUCCACAGCAAAGUCCUGCACUCCAGUGACUUCAAGAAGCUCGUGUUUGGAUCCGUGGGUCUCCUGUUGUCCAUGGCACCUCUGGACAUUCAUACUUGUGCCCUGUCCAGCUGCGGGGGGCUCCUGCUGCUCAGCACACAAGGCACGGUCUGUCUGGUUCAGCCGGACGGGACCUGGAGACAGGUCUAUGAUCUGGGGGGCAGCUGCCUGGCCCAAGGAGACCCCGUGCAGCUGAAGGCCUUUGGCAGCACCCUGGCCUGCGGGCUGGCGGGGGUCUUGUAUCUCAUUGACUUGACCAGUGGGAGGCUGAUUGAGAAAAGACUCCUGAGCUCCAAAGAGGUGCAUUUCCUGGAGUCCCCGAGAGGGGCGGAGGAGAUACAGCUCCUCACCCCGACUGGCAUCUAUUGCUUCAGCUUCUUCAGCCCGGAGGAUGGUGGCAGGCCCGAGCCCGCUCUGGUGGAGAUGGUCUUUGAGGAAGCCUGCAAGUACUACCAGAGACGGAGCCUCAGCAGCUCCCAGCUGACGGUGGAGAAGCUGAAGAAGGGGGACAUGUUCCAGGCACCCAUUGCGCUCUCCUCCAUCCUGCAGCACAGCCUGCCCUAUAAGGAGAGGGCAGCCAGGGCCCUCCCGGAGAUCUACACCAAGCUGCUGAGCACCUUGAGCAUGGAUCUCCAGAGCUACCUGAGCCUGGAGCUGCUCAAGUCCUGCAUCGUGGGCGCUUCGGAGAGUGAAGUCGACAGGUGCUGCGAGGAGCUGGUGGAGCAGGAGGUCAGCCGCCUUCUGCACUUGGACUUGGACAGGGAGAACCUGGCCUAUCUGAACGCUGUCUUCAGCUCCUUCCCCAGGGCCUCCUGGAAAGCUAUCCGGGGCAGCCUGCAGCUGCAGCAGAAUGGAGAUGGGCUCCUGGUCGCCAGGGCCACCCCAGACAUCUGGAAGAAGGUCUUGGGGGGGCCAGUCCCUAACUGGUCCCAGCAGGAGGAGCGGGGCGUCAAUGGAGCGGUCCCGCUCUUCGAGCUCAUCUGCGGCUCCCUGCACAGGUUCAAACCCAAGUGGCUGCCCAGCUUUGUGGAGCUGACCCAGCAGUACCUUGGAGCCUCCUGGACGUACAGCACCAAAGAGGGCCCCGAGGGCGGGGUGCCCCUCUACAGGAGAGCGCUGGCUGUUCUCGACAGGAAGCGCCACCCCAUGGCCACUGACCGCGAGAUGGAGAUCGAGCUGCUGCUGUGCAGUGCGCGGCCCAAAGCCGUCCUGCAAGCCGUGCAGCUGCUCGUCUGCCUCCGCAGGUGGCAGCGGGUGGUGGAGGCGGCCGAGAAAUUUUCCAAGCUCAGCCCGCUGCUCAACAAGGAGAUCUUCACCACCCUCCUGGCGCAGUUCGCCCAGCACAGGGACCUGGACCCAUACCUGGCCACCCUGUGGGAGCUGUGCCCCGCAGACUUGACCGUCUCGGACGUUCUCAGCAUCGUCCUGCAGCACCUCCCCAGCUCGGAGGGCGACCCUCCUCCCUUCUCUGCCGGGGGCGCCCCGCUGACCCUGGCCUUGCUGAAGCCGCUGUUGCACAAGGUGGCGCAGCAUCAAUGCACUCAGGACGAUCUUUAUGUUGACAUCUUGCAGGGCCCCCCGUUCCCGCCGCCCACCCCGCCGAGACAGCACAGGGCUGGCCCCAAGGCCGCCCCGGAAACACCGCAGCAGACGGGAGCGUGCAGGACUCCUUGCCUGGGCCGUAACCCAAGCGAUGCUGUAUGAAAAGCCGUGUGGACGGAAUGGGAGUGAAAACCUGGCGAGCAUGGGUAGGGGAUGCCCCCUGCAACAGCUGGGGUGGGGCAGCAAACGCCAGCUUCCCUCCAUUUCCAGAGGCAGAGACCAACUCUAGUUAAACCUUCCUGCCUCAAACAGACUCCCGAGAUGUUGCACCGUUCAUGAGGGGCGCGGUCCAGGCAAGACCUGGGGGAGGAUCACUGGGGUGUCUGUGGGGUUUUUACAGCUGAGGUAGUUUCCCCAGAGAAGGAGUGUGAGAGAGAGGGAGAGCUCUGACUGCAUGCGAGAGCCCCCCUCCUGGCCAACAGCACCCCUUUGAGUUAAACACUGGCUUCCCACCCUCUACAAAUGGAGCGUGGGGGAUAAAGUACAAGGUCUUAACGCAAAUUCCCGUUGCACUUCAUUUGUUUUUGAAAGUCCCCUCCUGUAACUUGCCGACGGCCAGGCUGUUUAGGAGCAGGCAUGCCCCUUGGCAGCACGAGAUUACUGGUGAAUGAACCCGCUCACGCGGGCACUGCUGGCCUGGACCCAGUCUCUAAAACCUCCCCAUUGCGGCUGUGUUCUGCUUCUGAGCUCCUGGCUGGCCGGUCUCUGGGCCUCAGGCCGGCGGUGCCCUUGGCAGCUGCAGCCCCGUCUGUUCAUUGCCUUGCUAGUUUGUCUCCCCCCCGUGGGAUCAGCUCAGCGGCUGCCCCAGGUGGUGAAUAGGCGAUUCCCGUAUGGCACCACAGAGAAGGUGCAAGCGCUGUCUGGGUCCCAGCCUGUCCUAAAAAUGACGGAGCUAGCGCUGCGCUGCGCGGGCUCGGGCCUGGGCCUGAGGCCGGCAGCUGUGCCCUGGCUGUCCCUUGCCCGCAGCGAGGCCCCGCCUGACCUAGGCAGCGCAUGCUGGUGUGCCUGUAGUGCAGGAGGCAACCUUGGACCGGCCUGUCCUUUUCUAUUCCCAGCCCUGCAACCUUUGCCCUGGGCUCUAACCUUAUCUCAGCCUUCUAAGAAACACAGGGUGCUGUAUCAGCCUUGUCUGGCCCUUCCCCGGCCUUCCUCUGCUGGCUGAGUCAGGGCAACCGGGGACCAGCUCGCCCCCUCUCCUGUCCAGGUUCCGUCUCUCCUGGGGGGACGCCAGACGCUGGUAGACUCCCUAUGCGAAUGCAGCCACCUCGGGGCAGGGCUUGCUUGGCUGGGAUUGGAACAGGAGACCUGGCUGCGCUCACAGCCCCUGUCUGAGGAUGGGCUGGGGGAAGCUCGUCUGGUUUGCUCCUCCCAGGGGAGUUUUGUUUUUUAAAUGGGUGAGGAAACAUUUUAAAGAAACCUAAGCUGCCCGUGAAGGGUCCUGGGGCAGCGCUGGGUUUAAUGGUGGCUGAGCGCAGCUGUGCAUCUAUUUAAAUGGGAAGAGGGGGCCCGACUGUCUGGGUGCUGAGCCCCCGCGGCUCCCACGAACUCCGGCUGGAGUUGGCUGCACUCUCAGCCCUGCUGACUGUCUGCAGGGAGGAGGCUGCACGGGCUGGGAGCACACGCAAGGGUUUGUGCAGGUCAGCGUGAGUUGGGGGCUGCCGGCUGACUGGUUUCUGGAGGAGGGGGGCGUAGGGAACUGGCCGGAUCUAACGCCUCCAGCCCAGAUCCCCACGGGUGGCGCUGUCCGCGCUCUGGGCAUCACAGGCAGUCGCUGGCGGCUCGUUGGGCGCUAGCCCUGGGCCAGGGAGGAACUUUUCCGAGGGCUCCAUGUGUCGCACCGGGAGGCAUGAGGAGGGCUCUGGGUGGUGCUUCAGCCAUUGUCUCUCCCACCCCCAGGGCCCAGCUGCAGUAGGUCAGGGCAGGCAGGGCGCCCGUGGGGCAGAGCAGAGUCUGUGCUGCACCAGCCGCUCCCUCUCCUGCCUCGCUCACCCCACUGCCCUCCUGUGCCUUUCUCUGGGCACAGGGCCCUACUUCUGGGGGGGAGCCCCUCCCUUCCAGCAGGGCCUCGCUAAUUAGCAGGGCAGGGAGGCGAGCCCCCGGAGCGUCUGCCACCUAACAGCCAGAAAUGGUGGUGACUCGACAAAGGCUCUGAGCCUCCUCCCCCUUCCACUGGGGGGUGGGGGUCGCUGCAGCCAGCCCAGCCCCAGAUGGAGGCGGGAGGUCACUCUGGCAGGAUGCAAUCAGCUGGGCUCCCUUGGGUUGCCGGGUCUAAGGGGCAGCCCCUGCAAGCAGUCGGCUGUGUUCAGGUGUUGGGCUGGCUGGGGGCUGUUUAUAGGUCUGGCGGAGGGGAGGUGUCUUCUGGAGUGACUGCCCGUCCCCUCUGUGCCUGGAUCUAGGGCAGAGCCCGGCUGUCAGGCAGCCCCCUAAGCUGUGAAGCUGCCUGGUCCCUGUUCCCAUCUGCGUUGAAGAUCAGGAGUGGGAGGCGGGUGCUUUGGGGAUUGUCUACACCAGAUCCCUUCACCUUGACUUACCUGAUCCUAUGGGUGAGCUACCCUGGCUGACCUGGCGCCAGGUUAACUUGAGGGCUCAAGCCUUAGUGUAGACAGCUCUCUGGGGCUGAGGCAGUGCAGGGACUGGCAGCGGGGUGACUUCCAAAACAGAGGGGAGCUGUACCUGCCUAGCCCCUUCUGCCCCAAUUACUGUGUCUUACACCCCAGUCUCUCUGGAGCAUGAAGGGGUCCAUGGAGCAUGGCUACCUUGGGCAGCUGCUGGGCUUGCGAAUGCAGCUGCUCCUUGGACAAGAGAAGCUGUUGUUUUAAGGGGUGGGGGUCGGGGAAGGGGCUGCUCCUGGGACCAGCUCAGCUCCCUGCCUACCCAGCUGCAGCUGCCUUGGUGGCCAGCAGGCCCUGUGCCAGCUUGGCCUCCCUCCGCUAGAUUUCCACCGCGUGUCAUUAAACAGCCGGCGCAGAACAUCUCACACCGGCAAGAGAAAAGAGUUUGAGGCCGAGUUGGGCGGCUCUUUGUUUGCACAAGGGAGGAGUCUUCAUGCUGUAGUUGGCUUCGCAAGCCACUGUCUAGUUGCUGUUGUCCUAUAUGCAAUAUUAAAAGGUGUUUAACGAGUGACA